AUGGGAAGGCUGCCGAUGGAAUCCCAAUCUCAGUUCCAAUAUCCUCAGCCUCAAGCCGCCUAUCAUCCUUAUCCACCGCCGUCACAACAGCAUCAAGCCGCCGUAGUUUAUCCGCAGCCUCAAAAUAGUGUUAAUGUUGUACAGGCUCCACCGUACCAUACAACCAGUCCAAUGUCGCCAAUGCCACAGAGCCACCCUAAUGUUGUUCCCACAAACGGUUCAUUACAGGGAGGAUUAUCCGUCGGAACGCCCGUGCAACAUCGGCCGAUGCCUUUGCGGCUAACAAAACCGGUUCACAAUGUCCCUUGGACCACCGGGCUCUUUGAUUGCAUGGAUGAUCCAACCAACGCUCUUAUCACGGCCGUAUUUCCUUGUGUGACGUUUGGGCAGAUAGCAGAUGUACUUGACAACGGGAACACAACUUGUGCCACUAGUGGGAUUGUUUAUGCCUUUGCACCGUGUGUGGUGUCCGGACCCUACCGGAAAAAGCUCCGGCAGCGGUUUGGGUUGGUAGAGGCGCCGGCCUCGGAUCGAGUUAUUCACUCCGUGCUUGAACAUUGUGCUCUCUGUCAAGAAUAUCGAGAACUCAACAACCGAGGGAUCAACCCUGCUCUUGGUAUAUUUUUCUUCUUCUUACAAACAAACUCCACCUAA